AACAACAGCCUCUCUCUCUGUCCCUCUCUCUCUAUUUACUCAAACCCAUUCUCAUUCAUUCACUCUCUCACACACACACACACACACACACACACACAGUGCUUCUUUUCUUUUUCUGAGCGAGAGGCCCCAUGACGACGUCGUUUGGAGCUGCGAACACGAUUCUGCUAAAGGACCCGAAGCUUCAGAUUCCGAGCUUCGUUCAUGGCGGCCUUCUCAGGCCGUCUUCCAAUUCGCUUGCUCUGACGACAGCAACAAGAAGACGACACACCCACCUGCUCUCCUCUUCCAGCUCUUCUUCUCAUGCUAUCAGAGCUGUCUCCACGCCAGCAAGGCCCGGCACUGCUACUGAAACUAAGCGUAGUAAGGUUGAAAUUAUCAAAGAACAAAGUAAUUACAUUAGGUACCCUCUUAAUGAGGAAUUGCUGACAGAUGCUCCAAACAUAAAUGAGGCUGCCACACAAGUGAUCAAGUUCCAUGGGAGCUAUCAACAGUACAACAGAGAUGAUCGUGGUGCAAGGAAUUACUCAUUUAUGCUUCGUACUAAGAACCCUUGUGGAAAAGUGUCAAAUAGACUCUACUUGACAAUGGAUGAUCUUGCCGACCAAUUUGGAAUAGGAACACUUCGUUUGACCACCAGACAAACAUUCCAGCUCCAUGGAGUUCUGAAGAAGGACCUCAAGACGGUUAUGAGUACCCUUAUUAAAAACAUGGGCUCAACUCUUGGUGCAUGUGGUGAUCUCAACAGGAAUGUUCUUGCUCCUGCUGCUCCAUUUACAAGAAAAGAUUACCAAUUUGCACAGCAAACUGCAGAGAAUAUUGCUGCACUCCUUACUCCUCAGUCUGGUUUCUACUAUGAUGUGUGGGUGGAUGGGGAGCAAGUGAUGACCGCAGAACCUCCUGAAGUAGUGAAGGCUCGCAACGAUAAUUCUCAUGGAACGAAUUUCCCUGAAUCAGCUGAGCCUAUAUAUGGAACUCAGUUCUUGCCAAGGAAAUUCAAAAUUGCAGUCACUGUACCUACAGACAACUCAGUUGAUAUUCUUACAAAUGAUAUUGGUGUUGUUGUUGUUACUGAUGAUGAAGGGGAACCUCAGGGAUUCAACAUAUAUGUUGGUGGCGGUAUGGGAAGAACACAUAGGUUGGAGACCACUUUUCCACGUCUCGGAGAACCUUUGGGUUUUGUGCCAAAAGAGGAUAUAUUGUAUGCAGUGAAAGCUAUUGUUGUUACACAACGAGAACAUGGGAGAAGAGAUGAUCGGAAGUAUAGUAGAAUGAAAUAUUUGAUAGACUCCUGGGGUAUUGAAAAGUUUAGAAGUGUUGUUGAGCAAUACUAUGGAAAAAAAUUUGAGUCUUUUCGUGAAUUGCCAGAGUGGGAAUUUAAAAGUUACUUGGGAUGGCAUGAGCAGGGUGAUGGCAGUUUAUUUUGUGGGCUCCAUGUUGAUAAUGGCCGUAUUAAGGGGAAGAUGAAGACGACAUUAAGAGAGAUAAUAGAGAAGUAUGAUUUGAGUGUGCGGCUUACACCAAACCAGAACAUCAUCUUGUGUGAUAUUCGCAACUCAUGGAAGCGUCCCAUCACUACUGCCCUUGCUCAAGCUGGUCUUCUGCACCCAAGGUAUGUAGACCCUCUCAACUUAACUGCAAUGGCAUGCCCAGCCUUCCCACUUUGCCCACUUGCAAUAACUGAGGCUGAACGAGGAAUACCUGACAUACUUAAGCGGGUUCGAGCAACAUUUGAGAAGGUUGGUCUCAAGUAUAGUGAAUCUGUGGUUAUAAGGAUAACUGGCUGCCCAAACGGUUGUGCUAGACCAUACAUGGCUGAACUUGGACUGGUUGGUGAUGGUCCGAACAGCUAUCAGAUCUGGCUUGGUGGAAACCCCAGUCAAACUUCAUUAGCAAGAACCUUCAUGAAUAAGGUUAAGCUUCAAGACCUUGAAAAAGUUUUGGAACCUUUGUUUUAUCUUUGGAAACGUAGAAGGCAAUCUAAAGAAUCAUUUGGCGACUUCACAACCCGCAUGGGAUUUGAGAAACUUCAAGAGCUGGUUGACAAAUGGGAAGGUCCAGUGUUGGCACCAUCAAGGUACAACUUGAAGCUUUUUGCUGAUAAGGAGACGUAUGAAGCCGUGGACCAACUUGCAAAACUGCAGAACAAGAAUGCUCAUCAGUUAGCCAUGGAAGUCAUCCGAAAUUUUGUUGCUUCCCAGCAAAAUGGAAAGGGUGAAUGAGUUGGCAUGGAAGUCAUCUGCAAUUUUUUUCCUGCCUUGUGGGAUGGCUAAGGUGAAUGUGGAACGAUCUUCUCUCCAGUCUGUUACUCUUCGGUAACAGCAGGAGUGGAUGAUGCUGGUAUUGACUGUAUUGUAUGAAAUUUUUGUGUUUCAGUUUUUCUGCCGCACAAUUUGUGUAAUUUCCCUAAAUUUUGGAUCCCAUUUUCCAUUUGGUUAGGAGAGUUUUUAUUUAUGGUUGCUUAAUAAAAUUCAGUUCCAUGCAUUAAUCAGAAA